AUGGAAGGAUUGGUUGCCGCGACGCAGCAUGCAUGGUCGCACCCUCGUUCGCUCGUUGUGUCUGAAGUGACUCUUGCAACGAGGUUUCCCGGCGUCUGGGCCCUCGGCGAGGGGAACUUCUACGAGUUCACCCACUCAGACAGGCCUGCAGUGCUCGUGGCACUUGGCCCAGAGGUAGGUGAGGACCUGGAGCAGGAGAUCCGAGGUGCGCAGCGGGAAUUCUCGCAGGAAUUCCUCUUCGGAGCCCUAAAUGGAUCCCACUGGUCCGAGGAGCUGAAGAUGUUCAACAUCCAUCCACAGGAGCCAGGGCCGAACCCCAGUCGCGAGGUGCAAGCCAGGCCUUUCGAAGCCCUCCGGUCACCCGACUCUUCAGACCUGAAUGCGCCUUACUCGCGAGCAGAACUGAAGCGGGUCAAGGCGGUUCGAUUCACCAUGUUCGAUGCGGACACCCUUACGGCGUACUCUGUCGCGGAGAUCUCCAGCAACGAGAUCUACAGAAAUGGUCAGCCAGUUCAUGGAGGCGUGAACGACCCACGGCUUGGUCCUAUCGAUGUGCGCAGCUGGGCCUAA